AUGUCACGGCUGCGGAAAGUCCUCCAGAGAUUGCGAGAAUAUGGUCUACGGUUGCACAAGGAAAAAUGCAAAUUUCGUCAAGGCGAGGUCACCUUUCUCGGCCAUCGUAUCGACGCUAAAGGACUGCGGCCAAAAGACGAGAACAUCAAGGCCGUUCGCGAAGCCCCAGAGCCCACUUCGGUGAGUGAGCUCAAAGCAUUUUUAGGUCUUGUGAACUAUUACGGCAACUUCUUGCCGAGCCUGGCGACCGUGCUCGCUCCGCUAUACGCCCUUCUCGCCAAAGGUGCCAAGUGGCAGUGGAAGCAGGAACACAAAGAAUCUUUUCGGAAAGUUAAGGAGGCCAUGGAGGACUCCCAGUUUUUGGCCCAUUUUGAUCCUGAUAAGCCGUUGAGGCUGGAGUGUGAUGCGUCACCAGAAGGUAUCGGAGCCGUUUUGUCUCACCGUGUCAAUGGCGUUGAUUACCCUAUUGGUUUCCGCUCCAGGAAGCUUACAAGGGCAGAAUGUAAUUACUCGCAGUUGGAAAAAGAGGCCCUGGCACUCGUGUUCGGGGUUGCCCGAUUCAAGGACUACUUGUACGGACAUGAGUUUGUCCUGGCUUCCGCGAUGCCACCUGCCCAGGUACCUGCGACAUGGCCAGCGACCGGGGAAGGUUGGAGCCGUCUGCACGCUGAUUUUGCAGGUCCGGUGGACGGACACAUGGUCUUGGUCAUCGUAGACUCGGAAACGAAAUGGAUCGAAGCGGUGCCAAUGAAGAUUGCCACGUCUGAAACCACGGUCAGAGCCCUGAGGUCAAUAUUUGCACGGUUUGGGCUUCCAAAAACGUUCGUGUCUGACAAUGGACCUCAGUUUGUGAGCGGUUUUUUUCGCGAGUUCUUGGCCCGUAACAAGGUGCAGCAACUAACAACAGCCCCCUAUCAUCCCCAAUCUAAUGGGUUAGCCGAGAGAGCGGUGCGCACGCUCAAGGAAGGACUAAAGAAAAAUCCGGGCAAGGACUUGAUAACGCGGUUGGAUCGGUUUUUGUGCAGGUACCGCCAAACACCCGGGCAGGAUGGCAAGUCACCGGCUGAACGUUUGCUGGGUUACCAGAUUAGGACGAAGAUAGACAGCAUUAAGCCGAAAGAAAAGUAUGCUGAUGGUUUGCCAGCAGAAGCUACGAGAAAAUUUAAUGCAGGAGAACCGGUGUGGAUGCGCACUUUUGGAAGAAGUCGAAGGUGGAUUCCAGGAGUAGUGCACGACCAAAAAGGUUCCAGGAUGGUCACCGUGGAUUGUGCUCAAGGACAGCACCGACGGCAUCUAGAUCAGCUAAGACGUCGAGCUGAAUCGGUGGACAGUGACCCCGGCCAGAAAAACAAGCAGGAGCCAGUCGAAGAGACUGGGGAAAAGGUGCAAGACAGUCCGGAAGAAACAGCGGCGGAAUCACCACCAACGCUCGUGCGAAGAUCGACCCGGCCACGGAAACCACCUGAACGUUAUGGCUUUUAA